AAUAACGUAGCUAGAGAGAGCUCUGCCAGGGAGGGGGCUGAAGAACAAAACAAUGACACUGCUCGGAAAGAUUCAAAGACACUAACACUUUUUAAAAGAGUUUCUAGAAACGGAGCAGCGCGGAUUUCCCUCCCGUUUGAAAAGCAGAAGAGUCCGCUGGUAUCCGAGCUGUUUGACAUCGCCUGCUUGUUGUUUUUGUUGAGAUGUUGUUACAGCUCAGUUGACAGACUGAAGGCUAGCUGCUUGUUUGGACGGCUAUGAAGUGUUGGAGCUUGCUGGCCCGCUAAUUAAAGCUUUUUCUUUGGGAAAAAAAGUUAAAGCUGUCCGUCGAAACCAACUAGCUGUGAGCUAAGUGUUGCUGCUUGGAUGCCAAAAUAUCCACCGAGUUUGCUAGCGAGCUACUGAGGGUCAGUUUGCUAGCUAGCCUGUUGUUAGCAUCAACAUUUGCACAUUCAUCCUUUCAGGGAGAGCUCAUUGUCUUGGUCGGUACUGGCUACCUGUACAUGUUUCUGUAUUAUUUUACAGUUUUAUCCGCUAACCUUAAAUAUUAUUUAUGUAAUGCUAAAGCUAAAUGCUAACUUUGGUUCAUGAACAAGCUAACUACUAGUGUUAAAGAGAUAUCAGGUGUAACUCAAAGAGACGGCUGUUUGUGCUCCACUGCCUCACUGUUAGUUGCACUAAAUGACUUUAAUAAAAGCCUUUUAAGUGUUUUAAAUUCAUAAGGAAGCUAGCUUAUUGUGUUAUUGUUUAGAGUUGCAGAGUAGAGUUGGAUCAUCAUCAUUGGAUCUGCUACCAUGCAGCUGUUGUAACUUGAUUUAGUCUUUGUGUUUGGACAAUUUAUUUGUCAGUGUUACUGCAUGUUGUACAUUUUUCAUUAACUGCUGUUGGACAUAGCUGCUACUGUUGCUACUCCAACAAGCACUGCUCUGUAUUCAAGUUUACCUUGUAAGAAACGAUGAGUGGGAAUGGCUCAUCUUCAGAAAAGGGAGUCAACACCAGCCUAAUAUGUCAAGAGAGUUAUACCUGUGGUGGCUCUGAGGAGGCUGCAUUUGAGUGUGAUGAAUGCAAAAGCUUGCAGUGUGUCCGUUGUGAGCUCGAGCUCCACAGUCAGGAGCGUCUGAAGAACCAUGAGCGGGUUCAGAUAGGACCUGGGCACGUCCCUUACUGUGACAACUGUAAAGGAGGUAACGGAGACAAUGGCAAACGCCAUAGAUCUGUGGUCCGUUGCCAGAACUGCAAAGUUAACUUGUGCCAAGACUGCCAGAAACGCACCCACAGCGGAGGCAACAAAAAGAAACACCAGCUCACAUCUUAUCCCCCACCGCCCAAACCUGCUGAGGUCAACUCCGUCCAGAUGUCUGUCCCAACUGCUGUCGAAAUAGCCGAUGAGACCAAAUCUCAGAGAGCAAAACUUCUGGAGAACAUUUCCAGUUUUCUCUUGGUUGAUGAGAACGAGGACAUGCAGAUAAAAGAUGAGUCUUCAUUUGUGAAGAGCCUGAGCUGUAACCCUGACCAGCUGUUGAAGGUGGUGUCCAUCUUCGGCAACACUGGAGAGGGCAAAUCCCACACCCUGAACCACGCCUUCUUCAUGGGCAGAGAGGUGUUCAAAACUUCUCCCACACAGGAGUCCUGCACCGUGGGCGUGUGGGCGGCGUUUGACCCCUUCCGUAACGUAGUGGUCAUCGACACGGAGGGGCUGCUCGGGAACAGUUCCAAACAGGGCCAGAGAACCCGCCUGUUGCUCAAGGUGCUCGCCAUAUCCGACCUCAUCAUCUACCGCACCCACGCCGACCGUCUCCAUGACGACCUCUUCAAGUUCCUCGGGGAUGCCUCAGAUGCUUACUUGAAGCAUUUCACCAAGGAGCUGAAGGCCACGACGGCCCGCUGUGGCCUGGAUGUCCCUCUGUCCACCUUGGGCCCUGCGGUGGUCAUCUUCCAUGAAACAGUGCACACUAAGCUGCUGGGUUCAGAUAAGUCGUCUGAGUCAGUAGAUCGGCUGCUGUUGGAGCGCUUCAAGAAGCUUUCCCGUUACCCAGACGCCUUCAGUUCGGUGCAGUACUGGGGCACGCAGACUCUCAGCCCCCCGACUGACUUCUGUGGCCUGCAGAACAAACUGGAGCAGCUCCUGGAUAACAACGCCACCCGUUCUCCACGCACCCCUGUGGUCAUCUUCAAAGCCCUGCAGGCACUGAGCGAGCGCUUUAAUGGAGAAAUUGCAGGUGAGCUUGUAGCCCACAGCUGCUUCUUUCCCGACGAGUACUUCACCUGCUCCAGCCUGUGCCUCAGCUGUGGAUCUGGCUGCAAGAACAGCAUGAACCACUUAGGAGAAGGAGUGUGCCACGAGGCAAAGCAUCGUUGUCGUUAUUCUGCUCAGUAUGAUAAUCGCAUUUACACCUGUAAGGGUUGCUAUGAAGGGGGAAAGGAAGUGGUGGUUGUUCCAAAGACCUCGGCUUCCUCUGACUCUCCGUGGCUGGGCCUCGCCAAAUACGCCUGGUCUGGGUAUGUGAUUGAAUGUCCCAACUGUGGAGUGAUCUAUCGGAGCCGUCAGUACUGGUACGGGAACCAGGACCCUGUGGAUACAGUCGUCCGCACUGAGAUCCAGCAUGUUUGGCCAGGGUCGGAUGGUUUUUUAAAGGACAAUAGCAAUGCAGCGCAGCGUCUUCUGGACGGAGUCAACCUAGUGGCCCAGUCUGUGUCAGAGCUCAGUGUCAAGCCUGCCAAGGCUGUCACCUCUUGGCUGACAGAUCAGAUCGCCCCAGCCUACUGGAAACCCAACUCCCUCAUCUUGGUGUGCCAUAAGUGUCACGCAGUCUUCCAGGACAACGACACCAAGCAUCACUGCCGUGCCUGUGGGGAGGGCUUCUGUGACGGCUGCUCUUCCAAAGCUGCGCCCGUCCCUGAGAGAGGCUGGGGUCUUGCCCCUGUCAGAGUCUGUGACGUCUGCUUUGAGCAGAGAGCUUCUUACGCAGAGCUGCAUGAGGCAGAGCUUGAGGAGGAAGAAGGUGGAACCCUCGCCAGGAAGGUUGGAGAAGCAGUCACCAACACCAUCGGGGUCGUGGUCACUGCUAUUGACAUCCCACUUGGCCUGGUGAAAGAUGCCGCCCGUCCUGCCUACUGGGUGCCCGACCAGGACAUCCUGUGCUGCCACAACUGCCAGCGCGAGUUCACUGCCAAGCUGUCCAAGCACCACUGCCGCGCCUGCGGCCAAGGAGUGUGCGACGACUGCUCCCCGGAGCGCCGGCCGGUUCCAUCGCGGGGCUGGGACCACCCUGUGCGCGUGUGCACCAGCUGCAACCAGAAACCUGAACUUUAACAGGGAUGGCCUUCCUUCCGCAGAGCACCGGAGAGAACCACUCACUCACUCAGCUCGCAGUCUGUCACUGCUUUACCUCUGUUACUCUAAUGGUUCUGUCUCGUAUCUGUGGAAAGGAAGUUUUUAGGCUUAUAUAUAUACGUAUAUAUAUACUUAGGACAUUUAGCAGAGUUCCUGUGGCCUUUGUAGAACAGCCAGAACAUGUGAGUUACUUGACUGAGUGUGAAACCUGCAUUUCCACUCUGAUUAUUCAGAGUCAGUAUUUUGAUUCUUACUGACACGUCCCUGAUUUUACGUUACAUAAGGCUGUUGAGCUAUUUUUCUACUAUCAGAAAAUAUUGAAAAAAAUGUAUCAUUUAAAGAAUAUUAGCUAGUUGAGAACCCUGUGGGGUUGGUGUGAUUAGUUCCCAGCAAUUCUUAUUAUUGAGCAUUGUUUCUCUGAUGUCGCACGUGUAAUGGCAAGGAGAUAUUUUAUAUCCGUGCAGGUAACACUGCAGGUUCCAUUGCAUGCUGUAUUGCAACAUUUUAGUUUUUGCACUAAGCCUUUUUCAGCUGUUAUAGGCUGUUGCUUACCAUGGCCAAAAUCCAGAUAUCCAGAUGAUCAAGUAGCACGUCUCAAGCUGAGCUGAAAUCUACCACAGUAGGUCUAGAUUGUGGAUAUCUGGUGUGCCAAAAAUCAUUCAGGUCACUGUGUCUGUGCUGGCAUAAUGUUUAUAUUUUAUUUUAUGUGGUUGUAUGAAGACAUAGAGCUAUGUUAGAGGAGUGUACAUUUGAAACGUUCGAAAUUAUUUAUGUAUUGAAGAAAAAAAAAACAACGUAUUAACACUCUGGCAUGCAUGAGAAAUCCAUGGCCUUUUACUCGUUCAGAGGACGGUCUCUGAACAAACCUCACUAUCUUUUACCAAGCGGCAAUCUAGCGUAUCCAUGUUGUAACAUGUUUGUAUUUCAUGAUUUGUUUUCUUGACACCUUGAUUUUAAUUGUUUUCUAAGUAUUGUUGUCUGCCUGGUUGUAUGGAUAUUGUUUUGCAGAACUGAAGAAGAUCCAAAUUUGUCUUUAGACCAGUUUUACAUAUUACACUCACGCCUCCAGGUUUCAGUAGGCACAGACUGACAGGAUAAGGACUCCUGACAACACAUUUUAAUUCUCCGUUAGAGCUCUUCACAGCUUGUUUUUCCGUUAUUGUACAUCCGUUAUUGAUUACGUGUAUUUUCUUUCUCUGGUUUUUGUUUGGCAUUACUGUAUGGAUAUUUAUGUUCUUUGUAGCGACUGUAUGCGAACCACUCUUUCUCCCCAGUCUUCUUAUUUUUGUCUUUAAGCAUAACACAGAAAAAUUGAUGCUCGAAUGUGGAAACCAUGAGAUAUUGAACCAUGUUUAGAGACAGAGCUUUAAAUCUGGAUAUCCUACAAAGCACAAGGUGAUGCCUUUAACACAUAUGCUUGUAUUUUGUUGUUAAAAAUGAGAAAAAAAGGGUCUUUGUCGAUUGUAAUGUUUGUAGAUAAAGUGAAUUCUCCCUUUGC